GAUCGAGACUUAUUGCCGUAGCUGAACGGGCGAUCGUCAUACUAUCUGUCUCUUUGGUGGUUUUUUUUUUUUUCUUUCUUUCUUUCUUUGCUUUUGGAAGCUAUGAAUAGCAGAGACAGCUCGUGUCACCUCGCUUCCUGGUUGUACUUCUGUAUCACCUUGUAUUCCAUGAUUCGUACCUGGAUCGAAGAGGAGCGAGCUUUCACCGAUCUGAUUCAUGUUGUUAUUGGGUUGAUUUGCUAUAGUCGUUGCGAGUGUCGCAGGGCCCAAAGAUCGAUAUGGCUCCUCGGGUUCAUGGAGCUGAGCGUGCGCAUGAACGUGAGCGGUAUCGUUUGCUUCGAAGUCAAAGCGACACAGAUCAGCCAUGAUCAUGGAAUCCAACAUCUUGUGCUUUUUCCCACGAUGCAUAUUCACGCGACCGAUGAGGAGAUAAGACAUCGUGUUGACAUAUUGAUCUUCCCAUCUCGGUUGCUUACGAGGUAUAUCAAUGUUCACCCUCGAUACAAGGGUGCAUGUUACAUGUCCGACAGGUGCGUGCCCUCGAAAACGUCUAGAACGCUGCUUGCUACUGGUGGCCUGAGCCAAGUAAGUUCCAGGGUACAUGUAUGCAUCCUGAACGCAUAAACCGUCGUGUUAUACCGACCUAUUAUAUUUAAAAGAGCCUGAGAUUGGAACGACGACAUGGGUACAGAGCCAUCCACACUGAUAGGCGAUGGUCCGAAUGGAGAAGAGAUGGCGGAUUGAGCACUUCCGUCUCGAAUGGUCGAGCAAUCAGCAAGCAAAGCAGCAAGCAAGCCCAGCGAGUGAGG